AUGGUAAAAGCUACAGUUAUCCACGAGUUCAAUUCUCACUUCACCAACACGCAACCCCAAAAUCAGGAGCCAGUAUGCGUCUUCGCCGGCGCAACAAGCGGCAUCGGCGCCGCCACCCUCACAUCCAUAACUUCAAUUCUGCGUAACCCAACCCUCUACAUUCUGGGCCGAUCAGUGUCACGCUUCGCAAUUCAGCAAGAAAAACUACAUUCCCUGAAUCUAGACGCCAAAAUCGUGUUUCUCGAAGUCGAUGUUUCAUUGCUAUCAGAUGUUGACAAAGCUUAUGAACGGAUUCAGAGAGAUGAGUGGAAGGUGGAUUAUCUAUAUAUGAGCGCGGGGUUGGUGCCGCUGAACGGAGCGGAGUAUACAAAAGAAGGUCUGGAGAUCUGCUUCGCGCUGCCAUACUACACCCGCAUCCGCCUAAUCUCAAAUCUUCUCCCGCUUCUCUCAAUCACAGAAUCCGCGCGUCCUAAGCGUUCUCAACGGCGGGAACGAAAAACCCCUAAUAGAAAACGACCUCGCCCUCGAAAUUAACAAUGGUAAAAACUGGUCCCCGCUAACUGUUCUUGCUUUCGAGUACCUGGCAAACAACCAUAAAGAGAUGACAUUCAUACACGCUUUCCCGGGCUGGGUACAGACGGAUAUCUUUUCCCGCUUAACACCUCCAGAAUCUUCGGGGGUGUUUUGGAGAAUGGCCCUCGCGACUAUCCGCAAUGUUGUGAAAGUGAUUAGGAAUAUUUUUGGUGUUUUUGCGGAAGAGAGCGGGGAGAGGCAGGCUUAUCAUCUUACAUGCGGUGGUUUUGGGCCGGGGUAUGUGUGGCGGAUUGAUAAUAAGAGCGAGGUGAUUAGGAGGGAUCGUUUUUUGGGAAGGUAUUGGGAGGGUGCAUGGGCUGAGAGAGUUUGGGAAUUUACGGCAAGGGUGUUUGAGAAGGUUAUUCGAUAAUUCUUGGCUCUAGAAGUACAUAACAGUCUGAUGAUACUGGGCCAAUGAAAUCCAUUUCGAGCACGAGCUCUCGCAUUUCUUU